AGGUGAAGCUGCUGAUACACAGCGGCACACAGCAGAGAAGCACUGACAGACCUCAGAGGACCACCGGAGAGAGAAACACCAACAGAGACAAGAAAGAUGAGAGAAAUCGUUCACAUCCAGGCCGGACAAUGCGGGAACCAGAUCGGGACUAAGUUCUGGGAAGUGAUCAGCGAUGAGCACGGCAUCGACCCGGCAGGGAGCUACGUGGGCGACUCGUCUCUGCAGCUGGACAGAAUCAACGUCUACUACAAUGAGGCGUCCUCACAUAAAUACGUCCCCCGGGCUGUGCUGGUUGAUCUGGAACCAGGAACCAUGGACAGUGUGCGCUCAGGAGCCUUUGGACAACUUUUCAGACCGGACAACUUUAUCUUUGGUCAGACAGGUGCGGGGAACAACUGGGCCAAAGGUCACUACACAGAGGGGGCGGAGCUUGUGGACUCGGUUCUGGACAUAGUGAGGAAGGAGUGUGAGCACUGCGACUGUCUACAGGGUUUCCAGCUGACUCACUCUCUGGGAGGUGGCACCGGCUCGGGCAUGGGCACCCUGCUGAUCAGCAAGAUCAGAGAGGAGUACCCCGACCGGAUUAUGAACACCUUCAGCGUCAUGCCCUCACCCAAGGUGUCAGACACCGUGGUGGAGCCAUACAACGCCACCCUGUCGGUCCACCAGCUGGUUGAAAACACAGACGAGACCUAUUGCAUCGACAACGAGGCCCUUUAUGACAUAUGCUUCCGUACCCUUAAGCUCACCACGCCCACCUACGGAGACCUCAACCACCUGGUGUCGGCCACCAUGAGCGGCGUGACGACCUCCCUGCGUUUCCCCGGGCAGCUGAACGCAGAUCUGCGCAAGCUGGCUGUCAACAUGGUGCCUUUCCCCAGACUCCACUUCUUCAUGCCGGGAUUUGCUCCUCUGACGGCACGGGGAAGCCAGCAGUAUCGAGCGCUGACCGUUCCCGAGCUCACCCAGCAGAUGUUCGACGCCAGAAACAUGAUGGCAGCCUGCGACCCUCGUCACGGACGGUACCUAACCGUUGCCACCGUCUUCCGUGGCCCAAUGUCCAUGAAGGAAGUGGACGAGCAGAUGCUGAAUGUUCAGAACAAAAACAGCAGCUACUUCGUGGAGUGGAUCCCCAACAAUGUCAAGGUGGCCGUCUGUGACAUCGCCCCCCGAGGGCUCAAGAUGGCCGCUACGUUCAUCGGCAACAGCACGGCCAUCCAGGAGAUAUUCAAGCGGAUCUCUGAGCAGUUCUCGGCCAUGUUCCGCAGAAAGGCUUUCCUGCACUGGUUCACAGGCGAAGGCAUGGACGAGAUGGAGUUCACAGAGGCGGAGAGCAACAUGAACGACCUGGUGUCCGAGUACCAGCAGUACCAGGAGGCCACCGCCAACGACGGCGACGAGAACUUUGAGGACGAAGACGACGAGAUCAUCGAGUAAGGAGAGCAAACAAAGACCUGUCAAACUCUUAGAACCCUGGUAGAGUUACCAUGCGGUAUUCACAAACCAGUAGGACCAAGAGUGGAGGUCAAACUAGAAUUAGUGGAGUUCAGAUCGUUUACUUUUUCAGUACUUUAGUUAGAAAAUGAUCUUUCAUUUGCCACAGCUAUGAUGAAUACAUAACUAACCUUACUACCUUCCGAGGUGCUUUGUAGACGGGUUAGAUACAGGAAUACUUUUUUUUCGUGCUGCAUAGGAUUGAUAUCUUUUUUAAAUAAUUUAGAAAGAAAUCGACAAACAUCCCAAAGAGAAAUUGUUGUUGGAUGUUUUUUUAAUCUACAGAGGAAAGUUUUUUUCAAUUCCAAAUCUCUGCAGAGAAAUUAAAAAGUGUUAAAGAGCCCAGUCGGUUUGGGAUUUUUGAGCUUUACCAAUAUGGAUUGAAGUUGAGCACCAAAAUUGUGAGCUGAUCUUGCACCAAUGAGAUGUUGCCCAGUUACCAAGAAGGCUGCUUAACCUAAACAAAGAAAUAUUCAGUGUUGAAAUACUUUAUUUCAGACCAGUGUCUGUUCAGCUGACACAAGUUUUGCUGACAGUGGUGAGAGGAUUGUAACAAAUAGUGCCUGUCGCGGUCAGUCAGCGCACCUUGCAAUACAACGCUUUUCACUGCCCCUCUAAUCAAUCAUCCUGUUUUCACAUCACGCACCGCUCCACCCUGCUCUGUUUCAAGUACACAUCAAGUCUUGUUUUGACGGAGAGCGCUGCAAGCACGGCGUCAAACUGAACAGAAAAGAUUGAGCGGACAGGAAGUCAGAAGAAAAUGAAACGCACAUAGCAUCCUGUUAAUUUCACACUAAAACACACUGUAAAGACUCCCGAUCGUAUAUUCCAUCUUUAUCAACAUUAUGUCAAAACAGUCAUCCUCAGAAAGACAAAGCAACAUGUUUGCACGUCUUCCCUUUAUUCCCGUGUGAUCUUGUAGUUCUCCUGUGUUCUUGUGAAACCCUGUGUUCAGCGACAUCACGCUUCAGAACCCAGUGGGGCAGCAAAGUCGUGGCCAUGCAGUACAGCACGCAUGUACUAUGUGGAAAUUGCGGGUGAGUCAGAGUACCCUCUUCUGGACAUACUUUGUCACAACAUCAUUUUCACCAUUAUCACCUGAAGGACUUGAUUCUGCAUUGUAUGAUCUGCAAACAGUUUUCAUUUUGGCGCUUAUAAGAUCGUGUGCUGAUAUUUUUGUGAAAGGCCAACACUUUUAGCUGAGUGAUUUAUCGAUCAGGCUCUGUUUGGAAUGAUUCAUCUUUUUCCAUUUGGUAAUAAAUUGGCUCAAAGGUUAAAACAAACUUCAACAACAUGCAACAUUUUAACACUCUUUGUGUAUUUUUGUCGGAGUAGGUACAUACUUCUGAAAUUAGGGAAUCCCAAAUUGAACAGAAAUUGUGUUCAACUUUCUCAGUAUCUUACCAAAGUCAUCUCUUCAGUCUGUCUAACUCUUCACCAUGUAGAUCUUUGUGUCUACACUAAACCUUAUCCAUUGAUCAUUUUGUUGAUGUAGCAUUAGGACCUGUUGAUCAUAUUGUUUUAAGGAAUCUCAAAAAUAAAUGCAAACCAACACACACAAUGUUUUUGUGACAGUCAAUAAAAAGAACUCGUAUUUUCAUUUAAUACCAUGAAUAUGAUGCAGAUGAUGUCAUAACUCAAAUAAGGCAUGUUUGAUGAUUUUCUUUACAUGUAAGUACAGAGAUGUGCUUUUUUCACUUGACAAAAUCCUGAUCAUUACUUUUUGUACUGUUUGGUGUCCGAGUGUGUUCGUUGUUUUCUAAACAGAUUUUUGUACAUUUGAUCGGUCUAAUGCGGCUGACGAGAGUUUUCAAUAAACGUUGCUUCUUUCAAAUCCU